CGUAUCCUCAAAGGUCAAGGUUCCAGCCGCGUGUUUGACAAGCAACGGCUCAAGGUCCUCCAUGGACGGCAAGUGCGCGCCGAUGUCUUUGGCACGGGGGGCUUGGGCUGCUGCGGCACGUUGUGCAGCGAAGACUGCCCAUGGGUCACCUCGGGUGGCCGUGUUGUGCCGUGCGCGUGA